UGGGCCUCUGCACGGCUUACGGACCAGCAUAGAGGUACGCGCUUGUGUGUAAGCGGCGGGAACUGGACAUUCCGGGGAAUUCCCCAAGGUAGACGCCUCCACCGUAAUUGCUGGUGUCCGGGCUAGUCCCGCCCCUCGGGCUCAGAAAUGCUGAGUUCCAGGAGCGAAAUUGGGGCUGAGUCCUUGUCAAAAGAUGACGGGUACGGGCCCAGGUGGGGGAGCCAGACUGCAGGCAGACCUCAGGCCGUCCCAUCCCAGCAGCAAGACGGGAAUGCACGUUUGUUAUCGUGCCACAAACCGCGGGCGGCCAGUGAUCUGUGGUGAGAACCCGGUAAAUUUUGGCUCUGUCAUUGGGCAUCUGAAAAUGAGGUUAGUAAAAACUGCUCAUGAACAUUAGAAGAAUAAGUCAUCACCUGUAAAGUAUUUAGCCAAGUGCUAGUUAACAACAUGUAAAAAUGUUAGCUAUGUCCUAUGUGGAGGACCUUUGUUCUUUUUCUCACAGCCACCCUAUUUGAAGAUGCAGUUGCAUCAUUUAAAAAGAAGAAUGAGGAAGGCCUAGGUGGGGGAUCAGGAAUUCGAGACCUGAGCAAGAGCUAGACCAGUCUCUACUGAAAAUAGACAAAUUAGCCAGGCAGCAGUGUCGGACGCCUGUACUCCCAGCCACCUGGGCAGCUGAGAGGGAAGGUUCGCUUGAGCCCACGAGUUUCAGGUUGCAGUGAGCUAUGGUGAUGCGACUGCAUUCUCAAAAAAGAAGAAUGAGGAGUAAAAUGAUAAAGAACCAAAGUCACAAAGGGUAAGGGAACUAGGUUGCCAGUACAAACAGAUGGUUUACUUUCCAGAUGAGGCUGUUUCUAAUAUUCUGCCUAACUCAGCAUCGCAGCCUUCAAAACAUUAGCUGAGUGACUUGACCUCAAAUCCCUAGGACUGUGAUUGUGAAGUCAAGUGUGGACAGACUCUUACUAUGUGGCAAAUAUGUUUGUUCUGGGAUAUCUGGCCUAUCUGCAGAGCCUUUGGGUCAGACUGAGGCUCCUGCCACUUCUUGCACUGUCCAGGCUGUCUUUAUCUCCAGAAGGCACAGUCUGAUACUCUAGGAUGGUGCUGUCCAAUAGAAAGAUCAUAUGAGCCUCAUGUGGAAUUUUAAAUGUUCUAGUAGCUACAUGCAAAUCUAAAAAUAAAUUUGAAGUUAAUUUUAAAAACAUACUGUGUUUUUCUCAAUAUACCCCACAAUGUCGUUUCAAUGUGUGGCAUUUAGCCACAUUUCAAGUGCUUGGCAGAAAAUGUGAUUAGUGGCUAUAGUAAUGGAUAGCACAAGUCUAAUGAAUUCCUAGAGAAUCAGGUUCAGGCCUUAUGUCAGUGGUUCUCAACCAGGGUGAUUUUGUUCCUUAGGAAACUUUGGAAUGUUUGGAGACAUUUUAGGCUUUCACAGCUAAGAGGGGAGGUGUCUAGUGAACGUUUAGAAAUACUCCUAAACAUUGUUCAGUGUGUAGGAUAGCUUCCUGUGACAAAGAAUUAUCCAGCCCCAAAUCUCAAUAGUGCUGAGGUGGAGAACACCACUUUCCAUGAAGAUUUCAACUAAAAUGAAUUUCUUACCCAGGCCUAAGUCCUAGCUUCUGCACUUUGUAUGGCAGGAAGGAGAGAGCCCAGGGAUAAGAGUCCCACUUGGAAGAAUAGGUCUUGAGAGAGACCUCACCAGAGCUUCAGAACAGAUGGAGGAGAACUCAGAAAGGGGCAGGUCCUGAUUUCCUGCACCAGAAGCAGUUCUUUUCUUUUUCCAACCAAGUGGAACCAGACAGAAACAGUUCUUAAUCCCCUGACCCAGAGAGAGCCAGACUUGGUGAUGUCGCCAAAUCCACAAACCAUCCCAGACUGUGUGACAGUGAACUCUGUGGACCGACAUGCAAGAGAUGUUGUCCACACUCUUGCAAGAGCAGCAGAAAAUGAACCUAUCUCAGGCAUCAGUGUCAUUCAAGGAUGUGAAUGUGGAAUUCAGCCAGGAUGAGUGGCAACAAAUGGGGCCUGCUCAGAGGAAUCUCUACAGAGAUGUAAUGCUGGAGAACUACAGCAACCUAGUCUCAGUGGGCUACUGCAUUUUCAAACCCAACAUAAUCUUCAGGUUGGAGCAAGGAGAAGAGCCUUGGUUCUCAGAAGAGGAAUUCUCAAACCAGAAUCAUCCAAAAGAUUACACAGAUGAUGACCUGACCAAGAAGAACAAGAAAAUCAAACACUUACAGCAAGAAAUAUUUGCCAAAAAUAAAAUAUUAACUACAGAGGAAGUAGUACUUUUGAGAAAACCAUUUAAUCUGCAUAUAGCUCCUGUUCCUUCAACAAAAAUAUACUACAAAUAUGACUCAUGGGGAGUAAGUUUGCAGAGUACUUCCGAAUUUAUCAUUAAUAACAGGAGACAUUCACCAAAGAAACUAGGUUGCCAUAAUUUAUGUGAGAAUUCACCUUUCAAGAUUAAGUUUGAGAAAACUCAGACUGAAGAGAAAUUGUAUAAAUAUAGUAAAAACAUGAAAGUCCUCAGUUAUGAUCUUUCUGAGCUUCAGAAAUUUCAAACUUUGGAGAAGUCCUUUGAGUGUAAUGAAAUUGGAAAUUUUUUUAAUGGUGAGACUGACUAUGUUACACAUAAGAAUUCUCACACUGGUGAAAAAUCCUGUAAAGAUGAUGAACUUAGGAAAAACUGUGAUAAAGUAACUCUCUUUGACCACAGGAUAACUGGCAUAGGAGAGAAAUACCCUUAUUUUCACCAAUAUAACUCCUUUGAGAAGUCAGCUGUAGAAGAAUAUGACAGAUUUAAAAUUACUAUGAAACAUUAUGAAUGUGAUGCAAAUGGAAAUAAUUUUAACAGUAAAUCACACCUCAGCCAACCUCAGAAAACUGUCAAAAGAGUAAAUCCAUUGGUAUGUAAUGACAAAAAACAAACUGGGGAUAAGUCUUUAGAAUAUCAUGAUAAGAAAUCCUACCAAACAUCAGCCCACAAAGUACGCCAGAGAACUCACUCAGAGGUAAAAGCAUAUAAAUGUAAUGAAUGUGGGAAAUCCUUCUGUCAGAAAGGACAUCUUGUUCAACAUCAGAGAACUCAUACAGGAGAGAAACCAUUUGAAUGUAAUGAAUGUGGAAAAACUUUCUCCCAGAAGUCACACCUCAGUACACACCAGAGAAUCCACACAGCAGAGAAACCCUAUAAAUGUAAUGAAUGUGGGAAAACAUUUGUCCAGAAGUCAACCCUCAGAGGGCAUCAGAGAAUUCACACAGGGGAGAAACCCUAUCAAUGUAGUGAAUGUGGAAAAACUUUUGUUCAGAAGUCAACUCUUAGAGAUCACCACAGAAUUCACACAGGGGAGAAGGCCUUUCAAUGUAAUGAAUGUGGAAAAACUUUUGGCCAAAAGUCAAACCUCAGAAUACAUCAGAGAACUCAUAGUGGGGAGAAAACUUAUCAAUGUAAUGAAUGUGAAAAAUCUUUCUGGCGAAAAGACCAUCUCAUUCAACAUCAAAAAACGCACACGGGAGAGAAACCAUUUAAAUGUAAUGAAUGUGGGAAAACUUUUGCCCGGACAUCAACCCUCAGAGUGCAUCAGAGAAUUCACACUGGGGAGAAACCAUUUAAAUGUAAUGAGUGUGGGAAAAAAUUUGUCCGAAAGGCAAUCCUUAGUGAUCAUCAGAGAAUUCAUACAGGGGAGAAACCCUUUCAAUGCAAUAAGUGUGGGAAAACUUUUGGCCAGAAAUCCAACCUUAGAAUGCAUCAGAGAACUCACAGUGGGUAGAAAUCUUAUGAAUGUAGUGAAGAUGAGAAAUUAUAUACAAAGUCAGUCCUAGAUGUAUGUCAGAAAAUUCCAGGAGGGGGAAAAGCCUUAUUGAUGUAAUGACAGCAAAAUCCUCUGACAAAAAGAAUACCCCAUGUGAUAUUGAGAUACUCAUAAGAACAAGCAUUUGAUUGUAGUUAAUGUAAGAAGACAGUUCCAGAAAUCAACACUCACAGCAUAUCAAAGAAUUCACAUAGUGAGAAACCGUAUGAAUAUGAAUACAGGAAGAAUUUUGUACAAAAGGCAACUCCUAGAGUACAUUAAUGAAUUCACACAGGCUUCUAUUUCUUGCAAGAGUUAAAUAACUCACAUAGUCCAGUAAUUUGUUCAGUAAUAACAAUUUCAUUUUUCCUGUGGACACAUAACUAGUCUAAAUCCCAAUCUCCUUUUCAUCUAAGUGAAUCUUUGUGACUGACUACAGGAAUGUGGAUGCCCAUGAUGUAUAUACCUCAUCCAGUUCUCCAAAAUAAAAGACUUCCCUGACAAACUACCAGAAAAAAAUGAAUAUGAUCUGUUAGGUCACCUUAGAUGCCAUGCUUUAAUGUAAGGAUAGGGGGGGCCUAGAUUUCACUAGGUUUCAUGGGGUUCUAAGUAGGGUAGGAAAAUAUAUAUAUAACCUAUGGAUAGGGCCUUUUGACCCAGUGGAAGGUACCAUGGUUACUUUUAUAACUGCAAGUACAGGAGUAAUUAAUGUUAUUUACUAUAUUCCUUAUAAGUCAUAGAGAGAAUUCUCCUAAUCAGGAAGAGUUGAGUUAAAGAAGGUAGCUUUGAUGUCCCACAGUUCUAAUGAUCAUUUUGGGCUUCAGAUCUCUGUGUUGUUGAUUUUGUUUAUUGAAACCUGUGGCAAACAGAGGCAGCCUUUGGGAAUGGGGACAGGGAGGAUUGACUUGUUGCCCUGGCAUGGUCACCAGGUUCACUCCUUUUGAAAAGCAGCUAUUAAUUUACUAUUGGGCUCUUUUAUACACUAGACAUCUGGCAUAAGUAGAGGCUUCUGGCCUAAAAUUGCACUUUGGGGGGUGUGUCAUCUUGAAUGCAACAAUCAACAAAAUAAGAAGGAGCCAACAAGCCUCACUGGUGAAAUCAAAAUGGAAUGUUUGAGAUUGCAGCUAUCUAGCUCCAGAAACUGCCUCCAUGUUUGUCCUUCCUAAUACCAUUUGUUGUAUGUUAAAUGGAUCCCUGGAGGCCCAGCAGAAAUAAUAUACCAGGGCAGCUUUGUACCAUAAUGGGAGAGAGACAAAUUUGUUUGCUUGUUAGAUGGCACACUCUCUAAGUUCCAUUAGCUUACCUGACCAACUGGCUAUUUUACUCAUCUUCACUAUCUCUGGGGCCAUCAAUGGCAUGAAAUAGUAACACCUAUCCACUUACCACCUGAAGCAAAGCUACUGGCUUAGUAGAACCCUCUGUUCAUCUCUGUUACUCUUAAUUAGGCCUGGUUCACUGAUAGUUUGGCUAGCUGAAACCACUAGGAUGCUGUGAUUGUUCAAACUCAGUGCUGUUAUGCAGACCCCAAAAUGAAAAUGGUCAUUCUCACAGUGGACAAAACAAGGAUCUUCUCAGCUCUGGCCAAUACUCCAUUUGAUGGACCUUGUUACCUUUUUAUUGAUCUGAGGGUGCUUGCCGUGGCCUAGCUAUUUGACAUUCCAGUAGGAAAAUAAUAGAUGUAAAAAGACCCUCUAUAGUGCUCUAUACUGUGGGGGUAAACAUCCCAUCUGCUGAGCACACCAUCAGACUUAUUCGUGUAAAUGUCCAUGAUAGACUAAUUUCUGCGAAGACUAAAUCAAGCUGUAGAUGGAGUCUUCUCUGAUCCGAUCACCACCAUUGCUUCCUGAAUCUGUUACUGUACUGGUAUGGCAAAAUAUUUACCACUGCAUGUUGAAUACAAAGUAAAGGCUUCUAUAUAUGUGAUGCUUCCAAUGAUAUCAUUUGAUACAAUAAUUUACACAGUCUAUAAUUUUUUUCCUUCUGGGUGAAUAGCUAAUGAUUUAUGUCAUUUGGUUAAUUCACCACUUUCCUACUGGUUUUAAAUAUCUUCAUGUGCUAAAUUGACAUUUUUUAAAGAUAUUGCAUAUGGCUGCUUAUCACUCCUUCUCUAUGUUCUGUUAUUUUAAUACACAUCCUUUUCUGAACAGGGUUGGCACAUACCUCAUCUGAGGUACUAGUAUUUUUCUGGCCUAGUAUUAAGUGUUUCACAGAAGGAUUUGGAAAAUGAGAAUACACUGUAGGACUUUAGAAAUGGGACAUGAUAAACAAGUUGCACUGUGACUCUAGAACUGCCAGCAGCCUAGCCUAGAAAAUGCAUCUGCAAUUGGAGAAGAUAAGGUAACACAUGGAGAGAAAGUGAUUGACAUUGCCUCAGUGCAGGUAGUGCCAUAGUCCCUGAGAAUUAAAAUACUGCCAUGUAAUUACUCUGGUUGUAUAAUAUUUGGUAUUAUAAAGCAAGUCUUUCAUUUGCUUAAGUUUUACACAGACACUUUCUUUAAAAAGAUCCUUAGAAUCAUCUCCCUUCCUGCCUUCUUUUACAGAGAAUCUUUUAAGAUUAUGAUUGGCAUUGCUGUUGAGGAUCAGGUACCUCCUGGAUGAAAUUAAUUCACCUAGGUGGCUUUAGUAAUUUAUCAGGAGGUCAGGUGACAAGUCCCAAGACUUGGCACUCAGAUUUUAUCUGCUGUUGCUUUACUGAGGCAAGACCACAAGAUACCUUUCCAUAUUGUACAUCACUGGUAGAAGACCAUAGUCUGUAUUCUAAUCAUGAAUGCACUCUUUCUCUUCCCAGCUGGCUGAUGUCCUUACCAAGUUGUAGUCUUUUAUUCCAGCAGAUAGAUACCUCAUCUAGCAAUUUUAAAGAAGUUAAUUUUCUGUCUCCUUGCCUACUAAGAGUGAUCAAGCUAAUAAAGAUAGGAAAGAGAGAAGGAGUUCUUAACCAUUUUAUUUAUAAUGUAUCUUAAACACAUGAAAUAGUACCUCUACAUAUUAGGCACUAGUUAUGUUUGUUACUGUACUAUUAUGAAAGUGAAAUUUGAACAUUUUUCCUUUUCAUGAUCUAGAUUAUUUUUUGAGAAGAUUGAUCAUUUAUUGUAAAUAGUUAGAGUAUUACUGUAAGCUUGCCUUUGACAGACAUUCUGUUUGAGAUAUUUUAUAAAUUUCUUAAAUGAAACUUGUUCUUAAAAUUCCGAAGUGUACAGUACUUU